CCUUGGUGGCAACCUCCCUUGGUGGGCAGCCCAGGGCUUCCUCAGCCCAUGCAGUCCCCGGCUACCCCUGCUGAAGGCCUCAGUGGCUCCCUCUUUGGGGCCUACCCCCUGCCUACCUUCAAGUUCCAGCCUCGCUCUGAGAGCGUGGACUGGAGGCGCAUUAGUGCCCUGGAUGUGGACCGUGUGGCGCGGGAGCUGGACGUGGCCGCCCUGCAGGAGAACAUCACCGGGGUGACCUUCUGCAAUUUGGACCGGGAGGCAUGCAGCCGCUGUGGGCAUCCUGUGGACCCGGUGCUGCUCAAGGUGCUGCGCUUGGCCCAGCUCAUCAUCGAGUACCUGCUGCACUGCCAGGAUUGCUUGAGCACUAGCGUCGCCCAGCUGGAGGCCCGGCUGCAGGCCAGCCUGGGCCAGCAGCAGCGUGGCCAGCAGGAGUUGGGGCGCCAGGCCGACGAGCUCAGGGGUGUGAGAGAGGAGAGCCGACGGCGUCGCAAGAUGAUUGGCACCUUGCAGCAGCUGCUCCUGCAGACGGGGGCCCACAGCUACCACGCGUGCCACCUGUGUGACAAGACGUUCAUGAAUGCCACCUUCCUCCGGGGCCACAUCCAACGCAGGCACACGGGCACAGCAGAAGGCGAGAAGCAGAAGAAGCAGGAACAGCCAGUGGAGGAGGUAUUGGAAGAGCUGCGGGCCAAGCUAAAAUGGACCCAAGGGGAGCUGGAAGCCCAGAGGGAGGCGGAGAGGCAGCGGCAGCUGCAGGAAGCAGAGAUUACCCGUCAGAAGGAAAUAGAAGCUAAGAAAGAAUUUGAUGAAUGGAAAGAAAAAGAGCGGGCCAAGCUAUAUGAGGAAAUAGACAAGCUAAAAAAAUUAUUUUGGGAUGAAUUUAAAAGUGUUGCCAACCAUAACUCUGCGCUAGAAGAGAAACUGCAGGUGCUGCAGUCCCACAGUGUGGUGGAGUCCAAUCUCGGGUCACUGCGGGAUGAGGAGUCUGAGGAGCGACUCAGGCAGACUCAGGAGCUCCAGGUCCUGAGGGAGAAGAUGGAUGUUCAGAAUGCAGAAUGGAAGAGAAAAAUGAAGGAACUUCAGGGAAAGCAUGCGGCUCAGAAGCAAGAGCUGCAGGAGCAGAACGAGAUGCUCCGUGCCUCCCUGUCUCAGGAUCAGAGGAAAGAAGCCGCCCGGUCCCAGCGUCAGAUCAGUGCUCUCCGCGCCCAGCUCCAGGAACAAGCCAGGCUCAUUGCCUCCCAGGAGGAGAUGAUCCAGACCAUGUCUCUCAGGAAGGAGGAGGGGACCUGUGAGGGCCUGAAGGCUGUGGUCACAGAAGAAGACUCUUCUGAGGAAGAUCUGGAGGACUCCCGAGACGGACAGCAGAAUGUGCUGGCUGCUCUGAGGCGAAACCCCACCCUGCUGAAGCAGUUCAGGCCAAUCUUGGAGGACACCCUAGAAGAGAAACUGGAAAGCAUGGGGAUAAAGAGAGAUGCAAAGGGAAUAUCCAUUCAAACUCUCAGACACCUUGAGUCCCUCCUGAGAGCCCAGAGGGAGCAGAAGGCACGGAGGUUUUCUGAAUUUCUGAGUCUGAGGGAAAAGCUUGUCAAGGAAGCCACCAGCAGAGUGAAGAUGGGACAGAGGAAGAGGGCACCAGCGUCCCAGCCAGGCACCAAGGCUCCAGUCAAAAGCCAGCAGAACCCAUUGGUCAUCAAAGAGGCACAGGCGAAGUCCAGGAACCUGCAUGUGGCGUCGCCAUCCAAACCAGCAGAGCCUCCCACGACGACUCUUCAGAGCCGCGGCAGCCAUGGCCCUGGCCUGGCCCACAUGCCCACCCCCGCUCCACGUCCCAGAGCACAUGGACGCUCCGGCACCCCUGCUUCCCCAGGGCCUGGGCUGAGUACUCCCCCAUUCAGUUCUGAAGAGGACUUGGAGGAGGGAAAUUCGGUGCAGCGGACAUCCCUCCAGCCCCCACGAGGUCCCUCCAGGAUGGGGUCCCGGCCAGAGGAUGACUGGGACUGGUCUGACACCGAGACCUCGGAGGGGAGUGCCCAGCCCCCUAACAAGGGCUCAGGCGGGCUGGCUUCCUCAGGAACACUAGUACAGUCGCUGGUCAAAAACCUUGAGAAACAGCUGGAAGCUCCAGUGAAGAAGCCCUCUGGAGGGGUCAGUCUGUUCUUACUGCCUAACACUGGGCCGCAGAGGGCUGCCGUGCCAGGAAACAAGCCUCAGCUUUCUGAUGCUGAGAGUGACUUGGAGAUUUCUUCCUUGGAAGAGCUCCCCCAGGACCUGGGCCAGAGAGAAAAACCAAAGCCCCUGUCUCGCUCAAAGCCACCUGAGAAGUCUGACGCCAGCCCUUGGAGCCCUGGCCGACCCAGGAUCCCUGGUUGGUGA